UAGCAAAAAAUGUUGCUGCUGCUUUGAACUCGCAACCAAUUGGUGGAAAUAAACGUAACUUCUAUCAUGAUGAUUUAUGGAAUAUCAAAUAUUUACCCAAAUUCAAAUGGAAUAAUUUAACCGAGACAAUAGUCAACGAAAAUACUGAGAGAAGACAUCGCCUUCAAGCUGAAAUUUCUCAAUCUCGAAGAGAGAUUAAAGAUUACAUAAAGAAGGUAGAGAAAUCAAAAAUGAUACGAAGUAUUGAGCAGAAAAAAGCAAAAAAGCAUAUGCUAGUAGGCAAUUAA